CAGCCGCGCGGAAUCUGAUUCUUCUAUUUUUGUGGGGGAAAGAAGGAAGUGAAGCGAAGCUGCUGUCUCCCGGCGGCGGCGGCGGCGGUUUCGGCUCCAGAGGGCUUCACCGGAGAUGGACGGCGCGGGGGGAAGCGGUGGCGGUGGCGGCGUGGUCCGAGACGUGGAUGCGCUGGAGGACGUGCGCUCCAUCGUGCUGAAGCCUUCGGAAUCGCUCGACGAGGCGCGGUUCACGAGGAUCGCCGGCGCCGACUUCAACGAACCGAAUCUCGGCCUCGACGGGCUGCUCGGGUCGCUCGCGUCCACGGGGUUCCAGGCCUCCAGCCUCGGGGACGCCAUCGACGUCGUCAGCCAGAUGUUAGAUUGGAGGUUGUCGCAUGAGAAGCCAUGCGAGGAUUGUGAUGAAGUUGAACUUGACCCUAAAUAUAGAGAAUCUGUGAAGUGCAAGAUAUUUCUGGGCUUCACUUCGAACCUUGUGUCUUCUGGCAUCCGGGAUAUAAUCCGAUUUCUAGCUCAGCAUCACAUGGUGGAUGUUAUUGUUACAACUGCUGGGGGUAUAGAGGAGGAUCUCAUUAAAUGCCUUGCACCAACUUACAGAGGUGAUUUUUCUUUACCUGGAGCAUUACUGCGGUCAAAAGGACUGAACCGGAUAGGAAAUCUGUUGGUGCCCAAUGAUAACUAUUGCAAGUUUGAGAACUGGAUCAUGCCACUCUUUGAUCAGAUGCUACUGGAACAAUCUACCGAGAAUGUUUGGACACCAUCAAAGGUGAUAUCUCGUCUUGGCAAAGAAAUAAACGAUGAAAGCUCCUACCUUUAUUGGGCAUACAAGAAUAACAUUCCUGUAUACUGCCCAGCGUUGACUGAUGGAUCACUUGGAGACAUGCUGUUUUGUCACGCCGUGCGCAAUCCUGGUCUUAUUAUUGACAUUGUACAAGAUAUACGACUGAUGAAUGGGGAAGCCAUUCAUGCAACCCCAAGGAAGACAGGGAUCAUAGUUCUUGGUGGAGGCCUUCCAAAGCAUCAUAUAUGCAAUGCCAAUAUGUUUCGCAAUGGUGCAGAUUAUGCAGUCUACAUUAACACAGCUCAAGAAUUUGAUGGUAGUGAUUCUGGAGCACAGCCUGAUGAAGCAGUUUCAUGGGGAAAGAUCAAGGGCUCAGCAAAACCUGUAAAGGUGCAUUGCGAUGCAAGUAUUGCUUUCCCCCUUCUUGUGGCCGCAACAUUUGCGCGUAAGGUUCACUGCUCCAAAUCAACGAACUGAAUCUCUAGCAUUGAGCUUUGGGACUCUAGCCGGCAGAAUUUUGUUGAAUUCUCCAAAUGAUUGUUUGGAGCACGAGUUGUACUGCACCCGAACUGGGAUAAAUCGCAAGGUUUUGUUGUCUCACAUACCACCAUUCGUCGAUGUACACUUGAUGUUGUAGUAGUCUGGUAGCAUUUGUAUGUUUCCAAACUGUUCAUCCGAGUCAUCCGAUGAUGCCUGACAAGUGUACGGAAUUGACACAUAACCUGUUUCUAAGCAAAGGGAUAUUUAUUCA